CGGGCCGGGGGCCCGUGCCGCUGCCGGGGAUGGGGCGACUGCUGUGGCUGCUCUGCGUGGCCGUGGGCAGCAGCCGCUGGUGGCUGCGGGGCGCCCAGGGGAAGACGCUGCGGGGCCGCUUCCCUAGCGCGGGGGGCGGAGCGCGGCCGGCGGCGCGGUUCCAGUUCCACGGUGACCAUGCUGUUCUGUAUAUCAGAAUCAACAAUGUAGCAGCAGCUGUUGAAAAAGAGGCCAGACUUCACCUUUUUCAAGCACAAGAAUGGCUAAAGCUGCAGGACAGCACCCAGGAUCACAGCUGUGGAGAGAAACUGUCCAAAGCUCAGCUGACAAUGCCUAUGAACCUCACAGAGCAAAAUCUGACAAUGACCCAGAUUCCAUAUCCAGAAACGUGGUAUGUGUUUUAUGUAGACAAGUUUACCUGCGAGGAGAAUUAUGAAAAUUCUGAAUCCGAGGAUAUUCCAUUUGAAAUGGUGUUACUAAACCCAGAUGCAGAAGGGAAUCCAUUAGAUCACUUUAGCGCAGGGGAAUCGGGAUUACAUGAAUUCUUUUUCCUCCUUGUCCUAGCAUACUUUGUAGCUGCUUGCAUAUAUACUCAAUCACUAUGGCAAACUCUUAAGAAAGGAGGACCUAUGCAUACUGUCUUAAAGGUGCUAUCAACAGUAUUAUUGUUUCAGGCUGGCUCAGCAUUUGCAAACUACCUGCAUUUCUCAAGUUAUGCUAAAGAUGGAAUAGGGGCACCUUUCAUGGGAAGUCUGGCAGAAUUGUGUGACAUAGUCUGUCAGAUACAAAUGCUGUACCUAUUGCUGAGUUUGUGUAUGGGUUGGAUGAUAGGCAGAAUGAAGAAAUCUCAAAGCAGACCCCUUCAGUGGGAUUCCACUCCAGCAUCCACUGGCAUUGCUGUAGUAGUUGUUGUAACCCAGGGUAUUUUACUAAUUUGGGAGCAGUUUGAAGAUACUAAUCACCACAGCUACCAUUCACACCACAGUUUAGCAAGUGGACUUCUUAUUGGUCUAAGAGUUUUCCUAUCUCUGUCAUUGGCCUGUGGUCUCUACCAGAUCAUCAGAGUGGAGAGAAGUACACUCAAAAGGGAGUUCUAUAUCACCUUUGCCAAAGGCUGCAUCCUGUGGUUUUUGUGCCACCCAGGUCUUGCAACCAUUUCUAUGCUAUUUAGAGACUAUCAAAGAGAGAAGGUUAUUACCAUAGGUGUUAUCCUCUGCCAGUCUGUCUCCAUGGUUAUCCUCUACAGACUUUUUCUGUCUCAUAGUCUAUAUUGGGAAGUGUCUUCUCUGUCAUCAGUGACAUUGCCACUGACCAUGGCAUCUGGACAUAAAAGUCGACAUUACUUCUGAGAUAUAUUUAGGAAAGAAUACAAUGCAAUAAUGACCCAAAUAUAGCUAUUUUCAUCAGGUCAGUGUGCUACAUCAGUUUCCCUGCAAAAACUGAAUCAUAAAACCAGAGCACGUCACUGAUCCUGGAUCUGAACAAGUCCCCAAACUAGGUACAUUGAUUGAUUUUAAAAAUAAAACUGGUAGUAUGAAAAUAUAUUUAAAAUCUGAACGUUUGAAUAGAGACUCUGUUUGUGAUGCAUGUGGUGCUGUGAGGUAUGACGACAAAGCAGGACAAACCUAACCUGUCCCAUUCAUAGCCACAGUGUUUUCACUCUAAGAACUCCAUGACUUUGUAUCAAUAUUAAGUUUGAAGGCCUAAAAGAAUCCAGUCCUUUAAGUGGCUAUGAGCUCAAACAUGUCUGAAAUAAGCCAGUUAUGAAAUCAGUGUAAUACACAGAAUAAAAGUUUGCUUUUCUUUUUAUUCUGUAAAGAAAAUGCUUAAAAGAAAAUGUAGUGCUUAAAUUUAAAGGACCGAAAAACAAAAUUGCUCUAGAAACCAUUGUAACAUAUUUACAGCUAGCUAUGCAGUAAGCUUUCUUUUCAUUAUUUGUGCAAAAGGAAAAGCACUUUUUUUCCCACUAGUGUUCUAGGUAUUAGUUCAAAUUUUAACUUGAGCAGCAAUGGGGUUUUAUUCAUUACACUUUUGAGAUGAAUGUUACUAAAAACAUAAGUGUGAUUGGCAGAAUUCUGUUUGAGGCUUUAAAGAGGUGGCAACACUAGUAAUAAAAACAGCAGGCUUGCCUUUUUUAGGAAAGAAUGUGUAAUGUGGUACUAGAAUUUUAAUCCUGAUAUAAUUCAUUUCUCUUACAUUGAGGAUUCAAUCAUAAUUAAGCCAUAUACACAGAUUAAAUUAACAGAAGCAUUUCAAAUAAAUGUUGGUUUCAGUCAUCAACUACUCAUGUAUUCCUGCCCAAGGAUACUUAAUCAGGAUUAAAUUUUCUAUGAAUAAUUGAAAAACAAAAUACUCACUGGAUUUGUUAUAAUCCAUGUUGGCACUGGGUUCUAAGUAGUUGCCAUUUUCCAUCUAUUGUAAUAAAGCCAUACAUCUUUGUGAUGCCCUAGCAUUCAGAAUGCCAGUGUAAAUAUGUACUUUAUUGAAGUGCCUAUUUAUUUAGCGUGAUUUAAAUCAUUUUAUUAAUUUUUUCUUCUGUAUCAUGUGGACAUUCCUAUUAAGUCAUUGUUUGAAAUUCUUCUUGUUUGUACUUGAUUUGGUAUUUGUCAAAUUGUCUAGACCUAUUAUUGUCACAUUUUGUUUCUUCACAGCAUUUAUUUUAUUUAAUAGUAAGCAUAUUGAAUUUUUAUAAAGAAAUGAACAUUCAUAUCUGUAAUAGAUUAUAGCUUAAAUAUAUAGAUUUUGUUC